CCUACGGCCGCUGAUUAGUUCUGCCGGAGAGGCGGGUGCGUGAGCCGAAGGCCGCCUCUCUCUCAACCCGACCAGAGAGUUGCGAAGCCUCCGCAGUUCCUAGAAGGUACGAGGGCGGGGGACGCUCUUCUCUGCGCGCGGGAGUAGAGCCGACGCGAGGCGCUGGGAUCUUCCGUGUUCGCUCCCUCAGCUGGGGGUUCUCCGAGGGGCGCAGACGGCUUCCCGGGUCCGGCUCGGAACGUCGAGAGACUGCCACAAGGGAACACUGAGGACUUCCUGGAGGAGGCGCCGAGCAGUCUAGCCUGAUGGCUGUGAUUCUGCCCCAUCUCAGAGACCAGGCUAUGGAAGCUAUAUUCCUGACAGCAUGUUGGAAGGAAUUGCUGUCCUUUGAGGAUGUGGCUGUGUACUUCACCAGAGAAGAGUGGGACAAGCUGGACUGGGCUCAGAAGGACCUCUACAGAGACGUGAUGUUGGAGAAUUACAGAAACAUGAUCUUGCUGGGAUUUCAGUUUCCCAAACCUGAGGUGAUCUGUCUGCUGGAGCAGUGGGAGGAGCCAUGGAUCCUGGACCUGCCAAGAGCUGGGACUAGGAAGGCUUGCUGUAGUGCUUGCCCAGAUUCUGAAGGCAGAUACAAGACGAAAACACUAACUCCAAAGCAGAAAAUUUCUGAACAUUUCGAGUCAUGUAAGAUAUCAGUGGCAAAGCAGGAAAUGACCAAGAAACCUUCAGAGAAGUUACAUAAAUUCAAUGAAAUUGUGGACAUUUACAGGUUGGCACUCCCUAUUAUUGGUGAUGAAUACAAUGAGGACUUCCUUCAAAACCUUAACUUUAUUCAAGAUCAGAAUGCUCAAGCUCAGAAGAGGCAGGGCAGAUUUGACGGUUAUAGAACACCCUUCAACCAGAGGUCAUUCCUCUUGAGACGUAAGCAAAUCCUGACAAAUGCAAUAUCUCACAAGUGCAGAGAAUGUGGAAGAGCCUUCAGGCGGCAGGCAAAUUUUGUUCGACAUCAGAGAAUUCACACUUCUGAGGAUCCCUUUGAAUGUGACAUCUGUGGGCAAGCCUUCAAACAAAAGUCCAUUCUGAGUGUCCAUAAGCAGGGUCACCCGCAAAAAAAGCCAUAUAAAUGUCACGACUGUGGAAAAUGUUUUCGUCAAAUGGCAUAUCUUAUUGAGCAUAAGAGAAUCCAUACCAAAGAGAAACCCUAUAAAUGCAGUGAAUGUGAAAGAAUGUUUAGUCAGAAUUCAACCCUGAUUCGACAUCAGUUAAUCCACAGCGGAGAAAAACCCCACAAAUGCCUUGAAUGUGGAAAAGCCUUUGGUCGGCAUUCCACACUAACGAGCCAUCAACAAAUUCACACAAAACCCAACACUCAUAAAUGCUGUGAGUGUGGAGAAUCCUUUGGUCGGAAUGUGGAUCUCAUUCAGCAUCAGAGGACCCAUACCAAGGAGGAAUUCUUUGAAUGUAGAGAAUGUGGAAAAACUUUCAGUUUUAAGGCCAAUCUUCAUCGCCAUGAGGUCAUUCAUACUGGAGAGAGACCCUAUAGGUGUGACAAAUGUGGGAAGUCUUUCAGUUGGCGCACAAGCUUUAUUAAGCAUCAGGGCACUCACAGAGAGCAGGUACUUAUGUGACAGUAAUCAGGAAAGCUACCAUUUAAAGACCAGAACUUAACAUAGCAAGUAUAUAUACCUUGCAGUAGUUAUUAUUUUAUGAAAUUAUAAUUACUUUAUCACUGCUUUAUGAAAAAAUUAACAAACAGGAACUGCAGUGGUUUUUCUAGGGGAUCCUCUUUUUGUAGCUGACUAGAAAAUGUAACAGGCUCUUGUGUCCCAUCUCCCUUGAGCCCCCGUAUCCCUUCAUUGCCCUGAGGCCAAAGCAGGAUGGAGGCAGAGCAGCUUUGCUCUGUGGACCCCAGGCUGGAGACCAUUUGAUGGAUCAUGAAUUAUUUGGGGAUGCUUUUCAUAUUUCUCAGUAAAACUGGGGAAAAAGUUUUUAAUAAAAAGUAAAGGUGAAAAAAAAUGCUUUUCUUGGUUUCAUGUAGAAAAAUGCACUGAUAUGGCAGAGAAUUUUUAGAAAUAAAGAGCUACUCACUAGUAACUAGUAAGAUGUUGAGAAUUCACUGACCCAUAAAUUAAGAUCCUGCUAGUGCUCUGGCCUUACCUCUUCUGUGAGCUUCAUCUGACUUGCACUAUGUGUGGGGUGAGUAGCACAUUCUGGUCUCAGCCAAUGCUUGAUGGGAAUUGAUAAAUACCAAGUUUCCUCUGCUCUUGGGUGGAAUAGCUAAGAAGCAGAUGUUCUCUAGUUUUCUUGAGUUUUUCCGUGGAAUUACAUUCACUCACCGCAGUAGCUGCUUUAUUGUCCAUCUUCCCUUCUUUGUAUCCCUUCUACAAUCCCCUGCUGGGGUUUCAGCACCUCGUACCCCUGCAGGUUAAGUUGCU